AUGGAAUCCGAUGACAAUGAAGAUUUAGAGAACCAAAUAAAAAAACUUGAGGAAAAAAAGCGCCUCUUAGAGAAAAAGAAAUUGAAAAAAAGAGUAAAAGAGUUACAAAAUGAAGUAAAACAUAUAGAAUUAGGUAGAUCAGCUAGUGAAAAAUCGAUAAGCAAUGAACAGAAGCUAGGAAAAGAUGGGAGCAGGACUAAUGACAAAGGUAGAAAGGAUUUGACAGAAGAAGAUGCUUCAACAAGCCGUCGAGCAACGCGUUCAAAACCAAAAACGUCUCCUGAUGACCAAAUCAAACGAUUACGAGUGAUGUUUGAGUCGGUUGAAGAGAUGCUACGAUCUCCGGAUUAUGACAAAGAUCUUCAAGGUGAAUUGUCGGCAGCAUGUCCGAACUACAUGAAUGUUUUUCUAACAGCUAAACGAGAUCUACUGAGAAAUGAUUGUGGAAUCGUCGUAACAGGUGAAACGAGUGGCGGUAAAACAACACUUAUAAAUCAACUUGUUGGAAAGAAGGUUUUCGCAACAAGUAAUUUGGCAGCUACUGGCACAAUUACAAGAAUUCGAGAUUCACAAAAAAUGGAAAUAAAAUGCUAUUUAAAAGACGACACCCUAAAGAAAAAGGAAGAAGUACAAGAUGUAAAAAAACUAAAGUCAGUAAUCAGAGGACUUACUGAUAUUAGUAAAAUUCCAGAAGAUUUAAAGGACAUAUACUAUGUAGAUGUGUAUUUACCAGUAUCAAUUUUGAAGGGAAAUGUUAUCAUUGUGGACACACCUGGAAUUGGAGAAAAUUCAAGACUUGACAAUAUUCUGCUAGAUUUUCUGCCUCAUGCAGUGUCAUUUGUAUUUAUUGUUAAUGCGAAAAAUGCCAGUGGAAUACACGAAGAAAGGCUUUCCAAAAUUUUACAAACGAUCAUGAGCAACAGAGAGAAAAUGCCUUGCUUCGAUCCUAGAGAGGUUAUGUUUCUGACAAAUCAGUGGGAUAUCAUUGAUAACGAUGAAGCCUCAUCUGAUGACGACGCAGAUAGUGGAAGCGAUAAAGAGGAUCAGCAUACACAAACAUGGAAUCUCAUUCAACAAAAAUUGAGCAACGACUGGGGUGGUUUAAUUUGGAGAACGUGUUCCGCAUCAGCUUAAAACAGGUAGAAAAAAAGAUUGAUAGCUUUUUUACUGAGGAAUACAAACGAUUCGAAAUCGUUUUAAAGGAAACGAUAGACAAAAAUGAAAACAAAAGAGUGGAAUUUUAUUACAGAUUUUUAAAAGAUUUCAUUCGGAAUGCAGAGAGGGGUUCACUUGCAAGGUUAAAACUAUUGGAAAGAUCAGAAGAAGAACAACAGCGCAUCAUAGGUGAAAGUAAUGCUAAGAUUCGAGAUUUGGAAUUAAAAUGC